AUGCGUUUUACCGAAUUUUCCCUUCUCUUUGCACUCUCCGCUGCGACGGUCGUUUCCGGUGAGAAGAACUACCAGAAGACGACGUUAAAUAGCUCGCCUAUCCUUGCGACAAGCAACGACAAGACCUUGUACAAAGGCUUAACUUCCAACAACCAGUUGGUAGCCCGCCAGGGCUCUGCCGGCGGCUCUGACUAUUGCUCCGGUUAUGGUGUCACCUGCGCCAGUUGCUUUGGUCCUGGAUAUAUUGAGUGCUCUGAUGGUGUGACAUGCUAUAACCCCAGCGAUCCAACCACUAGCUGCUCCGCCUCUUCCGGCUCCGGCUCUGGCUCAGGUUCAGGAUCAGGAUCUGGUUCAGGAUCAGGAUCUGGCUCUGGUUCAGGGUCUGGCUCAGGGUCUGGUUCAGGAUCUGGUUCCGGUACUGACUACUGCUAUGGUAAGAGCUGUGCAAGCUGCUUUGGCGCAGGAUACAUCGAAUGCUCUGAUGGUACGACGUGCUAUAACCCCAGCGACCCAACUACCUACUGUCCUUCUGGCUCUGGCUCUGGCUCUGGCUCUGGCUCUGGCUCCGGCUCCGGCUCUGGCUCCUCCGGAUCCGCUGCCACCACCACCGCCCCCUCCAGCUCAUCAUCAACCUCUGGAUCCGGCUCUAGCUCUGGUUCUGGAUCUGGUGGUAUUCCAGAUCCUGCAUCUGACACAACCACCAGCGCAGCGUCAUCUCAGACGAGUACCACAUCAUCAUCCUCUGGCUCUUCGGGCAGCUCUGGAUCAUCAGGUAGCUCCGGCUCAUCAGGCAGUUCUGGCUCAUCAGGCAAUUCUGGAACACCCAGUGCCGGAACACCCGUUCAUGGAAGUGGUGCCGCUAGUAUCUCCACUCCAAUGGGUAUUUCAAUUGGACUGAGUGGUGUUGUUGCCUUGGUUGCUAUUGCUGCCAUGUAA